AUGAUGUCGGCAAUCGACCAAAGCAAGGAACAUCCCGCAGACUCCGCAAUCGUGCCUACAGAACAAGAACCAAGUCCAGAUCCCGAAAAGCAAAUUACCAAAAAUGUGGUGCCUGAGUAUAAGUUCUACUCUACUUUCACUGUUAAUCAGAAAAGAGCGAUAGUCAGUGUAGGCUCUUUAGCUGCAUUCUUCUCGCCACUCUCAUCGAGCAUCUACUUUCCCGCGCUCGACACGAUAGCAAACGCUCUUAAUGAAUCAACAUCGCGCAUAGAUGUGACGGUGACUACUUACCUUAUCUUGCAAGGUAUUGCACCAAUGUUUGUCGCUGGAUUCUCCGACACGGCAGGAAGACGCCCAGCAUAUAUGAUAUGUUUCACAAUCUAUCUUGCUGCUAAUCUUGGACUUGGUCUACAAAAUAGCUAUGUUGCCUUGCUAGUGCUGCGAAUGCUCCAAAGCGCAGGUAGCAGCGGCACUGUAGCACUGGCUAACGGACUGGUAGGUGAUAUGAUCACCUCCGCAGAGCGAGGUAACUACGUCGCUUUUGCUUCACUUGGAAGCAUACUGGGACCUUCAUUAUCACCAGUGCUCGGGGGCCUAAUAAGUCAAUAUCUCGAUUGGCAUUGGAUAUUCUGGUUUCUCCUCAUAUUCGGCGGAGUAUUUUUCACUUGCCUGGUACUUUUCCUUCCAGAGACAUGCCGAAAGGUUGUUGGUGAUGGAUCAGUUCCACCACCUCUUUUGAAUACGUCCGUGACCGAUAUCAUUCGACAAAAGCGGCGCGUAAAGGAAUGCAUCAAUCCAGAUCCUGAGCAUGUUGCUGAAGUUCGCAAGAAUUAUAAGCUCCAGAUUCCGUCGCCUAUACCAACCCUGAAAAUCUGCUUCGAUCUCGAGACGGCAUUGAUUUUAAUCGCUACGGGGCUCAUGUUUGCUUGUUUUUAUGCUAUUAUGACCGGGGCAACAACAUCAUUUCACGAGGUAUACCAUUUCAACAAUAUUCAAACUGGCUUGAUGUACCUUCCCAUAGGUGGAGGUGGCAUUAUAUCAGCUUUCACGACUGGUCGUAUUGUGGAUUGGAACUAUCGACGACAUGCGAAACGUGCCGGGCUUCCUGUGCUGAAGAAUGUUCGACAGGACCUUCGCAAUUUUAACAUAGAAAAAGUAAGAUUGGAGGUCGCUCUCCCGUUAUACUACGUGGGCAUUGCGUCAGUAGUUGCAUAUGGAUGGAUUCUGGGGCGCAAAAUGAACAUCGCAGCUUCCAUCAUUCUCUUGUUAAUUUCUGGUUGGGCAUUGACUUCCACUUCCCAAGUUUUAAAUGCAUUGAUGGUUGAUUUAUGGCCUGGGAGAUCUGCAUCUGCAACGGCAGCGGUUAAUUUAUUUCGUUGUGAGCUUGGUGCGGCGGCGGCGGCUGCAAUCAGUCCAAUGAGCGAGGCGAUGGGAUCGGGAUGGGCAUUUACAACCUUGGCUUUGAUUGCGGCCGCGGCGUCCCCGUGUUUUUGGAUAAUGAUGACGCAUGGGAUGAAAUGGCGACAAAAGAGACUUGACAGAGAGGCGAAGGCCGAGAUUGAAUGA